AGCUGGUGCAUUCGAGGCAUUUUAGGGAAAAAACGGAGUCUCACUGUAUACAUUUUUGUUCUUCCAAGUUUCUCCAGCGAAGCAAAGCAUCGUUUGCAGCGGUAGAAGAAGAAUUGAUGGUGGCUCGCAAUUUGUUCGUCCGUCAUGGCGACACUCAAUUCUCUAUUGAGUGCGACACAGAUUUAGGUUUCGAGGUUCUCCAGUAUCAGAUCUUCUCCGUCACUUCCGUGCCGCCUGAGGAUCAAAAGAUAUUGGUGGAGAAUGGGGGCGUUGCUGUCUCGGAUGAGUCAGACCUUGAAUGGAUUUCGGAAAAUCUUCUUCUGGUAUCCAUUCAAGAUGGAAUGGGGGAGAGUUCACGAGCAACCAACGUUGACAAAUCCGACGAGGAAUUGGCUCGUAUGUUGCAGUUACCUGUUGCGUCUAUCAAGGUCGAGAAAUCAGACGAAGAACUGGCACGUAUGCUGCAGGCAGAAGAGGAGGCACUUAUGUUUCAACAAUAUGCCGUCAAGAGUGAUGGGAGAGAAUUUGAACAGAGAAUCCGUGCAUACGUUCAGCAGGUUCUCAUGUAUGAGGAUCCUGUCCGCCAAGAUGCUGCAAAGAAGACAGUUCCUCUUGACGAGAUUGAGGAGAAGACAUCAGUCGCCCUUGCUAAGGAGGGAAUCUUCAAACCUUCAAAGAAUGAGUUAGAUCAUGCAAUCUUGCUACAAUUGCUUUUCUGGUUCAAACAAUCAUUCAGAUGGGUCAAUUCCCCUUCUUGCGAAAAAUGUGGUGGUGAAACUAUGAACAUUGGCAUGGGCAGUGCCGAGCAGUCUGAGAUAAAAUUUGGCGGUCAUCGUGUUGAGAUUUAUAGAUGCAAAAUGUGCUCCAGUAUCACCCGUUUUCCACGGUACAAUGAUCCACUCAAGCUUCUAGAAACCAGGAGAGGUCGGUGUGGAGAAUGGGCUAAUUGCUUUACACUCUAUUGUCGAGCUUUGGGUUAUGAAGCUCGUCUGGUACAAGAUUUUACGGAUCAUGUAUGGACGGAGUGUUUUUCUCAAUCUUUAGGGAGAUGGAUGCAUCUUGAUCCAUGUGACGGGGUUUAUGAUAAUCCAUUAUUGUAUGAAAAGGGCUGGAACAAGAAGCUGAACUAUACAAUAGCUAUUGCUAAAGAUGGAGUUUAUGAUGUUACAAAAAGAUACACAAGAAAGUGGCAUGAGGUCUUAUCAAGACGGAGCCUUGCGACAGAAACCAAUGUUGCUGCAAUUCUUUCCUUGAUAAGAAAAGAAUGUCGAAAUGGAUAUUCAGUUGAAUUACUCAUAAUGCUUGAAGAUCGUGAUAAGAAAGAAGCAGAGGAACUUGAGAGAGAGGUUUAUUGUCAAUUGGAUGCCUCCAUUUCAUUACCUGGAAGGCAAAGUGGUGCUAUAGAAUGGCGAAGAGAAAGACUCGAGUGUGGUUCUAGUGACAGCAACUCAUUAAACAGUUCUUGCCCAAAACGAUUAUGUGUAGAUGUUCAUGUCACAGAAAUUUGCACUGCCAUGACUAAGUUGUGCUCACAAAUGCUUACUGAAAAUUUUUCAUUAGCCAACUUUGUUGGAGUUUUAGAGACAAUUGAAAGAAUGAUGAAAGAUCUUAAGAGUAAAUCCUUCAGGAAUCGAAAAUCUUUCAUGGAGCUCAAGGGAUCUCAGAUCUCUAAUGAAAUGAUUCUCUGCAUUGAAAGUUUGCUGUUGGCCACUUCCUUGAAGCUAGAGAUAGGGGUUGAUGAUGGAAAGUUUUAUGUGUCUUUAUCUGCUGAUCCUGUUCAAACUUCUAUUGCUUUGCCAGUGAUAUUGGACGUGAUUAAUGAAAUAAUUGAUAAUAUCAAAGGAAAGAAUGCUCUUCCCAAAGUUUUGCAAUUUCCUAAACCUAAUAGAUUAUGUUCUGGUUCAGUUCUUGCAAGUGGUGAAGAACUUCCUUCAGGGAUUGCUGCCUCAGCAUUUGAUGGUACUUUUUCAACUAAAUGGGAAGAACCAAAUGGAGCAAAAGGAUGUUGGCUCAUUUAUGAAGUUCCCGGUGAGCAAAUGUGCGAGCUUCAGUCAUAUGAUUUUGUAUCGGCUAAUGAUGCUCCAGAAAGAGAUCCAAUGGAUUGGAUUUUAGAGGCAAAGCAAGUUGGAGGUUCUACAUGGAUUCCCUUGGAUGAACAGAAGUCUCAAAUAUUUGAUAGACGUUUCCAACGGAAAGCUUUUACAGUAAAAAUGAAAUUCAAGUCUAAUUUAUUUAGAUUUAACUUCCUAGCCGUUAAAGAUGGUAAGGCAAAUGGGAGAUUUCAGAUAGGAGGUAUUAACCUGUAUGCGUAUUGACCUGUAUACUUUAAAGGAUUGUUUCUAUCUUAUAAUGUUUAACGUAUUGAUAAAUUGAGUUGAUGAAGUUCAUAUGUAUGCUCUAGCAAUGCUGGACGAUGAGCUAAAUAAACAAUGAUAAUGUCCAUCAAAUAGAAUUAUGAUGACGAUUGAACUGUAUUUUUUCUUCUCA